AAUUUUUAAGGUUAUGUUGUUAUUUAAAAGUCAAUUUGAAAUUUAAUUUUGGUUCAAAAAUCUAAAAAUGUGGCGUAAUUCCUUAUUUUUUUAUAAAAUAUUAAACUAUGCUCCAAAAAGAGUAGCCCUAUCUAAUAGUUUUGUAAAUCCACUACCCUUUGCUAAACGUUUUCAAAAGAAUAUACAUUUAUCAUCAAUGUUACAAAUGUUCGUCCAAACACAAGAAACUCCAAAUCCAAAUAGUCUAAAAUUUAUACCAGGAGUUAAAGUACUUGAAACUGGCCAAACGAUUGAUUUUCCCAAUGGACAAGCUGCAUAUGGUUCACCACUGGCAAAAUUACUGUUUAGAAUUGAAGGGGUUAGAAGUAUUUUUCUUGGUUCAGAUUUCAUUACAGUUACCAAAUCUGAAGAUGAGGAAGUUAAUUGGAAAUUACUGAAACCUGAAAUUUUUGCAACAAUUAUGGAUUUUUUCGCUAGUGGUUUACCUGUAUUAAAUGAAUCUACACCAAAUCAGGAUACACAAAUUAAUGAAGAUGAUGAUGAAACUGUGCAAAUGAUCAAAGAACUUUUAGACACAAAAAUAAGGCCUACUGUACAAGAAGAUGGAGGUGACAUCAUUUUUGUUGCUUAUGAAGAUGGAAUAGUAAAAUUAAAGAUGCAGGGUGCUUGUUCAAGUUGUCCAAGUUCUGUUGUGACUUUAAAAAAUGGAGUGCAGAAUAUGAUGCAGUUUUAUAUUCCGGAAGUGUUGGGUGUUGAACAAGUUUUAGAUGAAGGAGAUAAAGUAUCAGAAAGUCAUUUUAAAAAAAUAGAAGAAAAAUUAACUCUUAAUGAGAGUGACAAAAAAUAAUGACAUUAACUCUUAGGAUGAUAAUAAAAUGUGUAUAUAAUCUGAUUUUUAUGUUAAAAAACUUUGCUAUUAGAAAACUAUACUUGCUUAACUCUGACAAAAAUAGAAAAUUUGGCACAAACAAUGAAACAAUCUCCACACAAAACCAAUAAAAUGAAAUUGGUCGAAAUUUGGAUUAAGGGUUUCAACAAAUGUUUUGUAGUUUUAAGUAGUACUAUUUUGACUGAUAAUUUUUAGUUUCAAAAUAAAUUUGAAAUAUUGUACAUAAUAUAAAUUAAAUAAAUAUAGGACUACAAAUUCAAGUUUUCUUUAACCCAAAUCAGAUUUUUUAACAAUUGGGUGGUAAAAAAUAAAUAAAAAUAUUGCUAUCAAUUAGUCCUAUUUAUUUUCUAUAGAUAAAAUUUCUGGCUCAAAAUUCUAACUAUAAAAUUUUAGUCAGGAAAAUAAGCAAUAUUGUUCUCAUAGAAUCAUAGCUAAAUUAUGGAAUAGGUAAUUGGCUGGGGUGGAUUAAUAAUUUUUUUAAUGUCUUAAUUUGCAAAUAUUUAGUUUUAACCAAUUGUUUUUGGAUAUGCAAAUCUUGGGUGAGUAUGAGAUUAUUUGUAAAAACAUCCUUGUCCUUUGCAAUAAAACAAUAAUCUCACACCCACAAUAUUUAAUCAUUUAAAAUAUAUAUAGCAAAUAAUGUUUACCUACCCAGAGUAAAUAAAGCCUUAGGUCCAAGAUGUUACACUUACAUUAUACCAAGAUUGUAUAACAAGCUACCGCAAGAGCUGAGAUAGAUUAAAAAAACAGAGCUUUCUCCAUCAUCUAGAAACCUCGAAAAAGCAGUGCUGUGCGCCGCAUUUUUAAAUAGACUAAUUUUUACCGUUUAAGUCGAUAUAAAGAAUUUGUUGAAUAAAUAAGUUAAAUUAUCUAUAUAAAUUAAUAGUUCCGAUAUAUAAAUUAGUAUUUGAGUAUAUAUACUUUGUGUAUAAAUCUAUAUGUUCAAAGAGUAUACAUAAAUUGUG